AUGCCUUCCCAUUUACCUUUCCUGCUCCCACCCACCCUUCUCUCUGCUCCUUCGCCUGUUGCAAACCUCCAUCCUCCCGCCAGGCACCGGAGGGCAUUCACAAUGUGUGCCGCCGCUUCCCCCACCUCAGCGUCCCUGUGUCUUGUUCUUUCUCUGCCCUUCCAUUGCUCGCCUCCUCUUCGCGCCCCUUCCAUUCCCUACACCCCACCACUCCUCCCCCCCCCCCAAGGCUCCGGAGGGCAUUCACAAUGUGUGCCGCCGCUUCCGCCACCUCAAGGUCCUUACUCAUCUUUGUUCUUUCUCCUGCCUUCCCUGCACCCACCCAUCCUUCCCUCCCCCAGCCCCAUGAGGGCAUUCACAAUGUGUGCCGCCGCUUCCGCCACCUCAAGGUCCAUACUCAUCUCUGUUCUUUCUCCUGCCUUCCCUGCACCCACCCAUCCUUCCCUCCCCCAGCCCCCGGAGGGCAUUCACAAUGUCCCCCGGAGGGCAUUCACAAUGUGUGCCGCCGCUUCCGCCACCUCAAGGUCCAUACUCAUCUUUGUUCUUUCUCCUGCCUUCCCUGCACCCACCCAUCCUUCCCUCCCCCAGCCCCCUGAGGGCAUUCACAAUGGUUUUGAGACGUCUCAAAAACAACCUCGCUGCACGUUGCCGCCGCUUCCCCCACCUCAAGAUAGUGACAUCGGAGAUCGAUUCGGGGCCCCGGAGGGCAUUUACAACGUGUGCCGCCGCUUCCCCCACCUCAAGAUCGUGACAUCAGAAAUCGACUCCGGGAUUAACGAGGUGUACAGAGUGGUGCCAGGAAUGGGGGAGUUUGGGGACCGGUACUUUGGUACAGAGGAGGGGGAUGCUGGGAGGGAUGAUGAGAGGGAUGGUGAUGGGAUGGGGGAGUUCGGAGACAGGGAUGGGGGAGUUCGGAGACAGGGAUGGGGGAGUUCGGAGACAGGGAUAGGGGAGUUCGGAGACAGGGAUGGGGGAGUUCGGAGACAGGGAUGGGGGAGUUCGGAGACAGGGAUGGGGGAGUUCGGAGACGGGGAUGGGGGAUUUCGGAGACAGGGAUGGGGGAGUUCGGAGACAGGGGGGAGUUCGGAGACAGGGAUGGGGGAGUUCGGAGACAGGGAUGGGGGAGUUCGGAGACAGGGAUGGGGGAGUUCGGAGACAGGGAUGGGGGAGUUCGAAGAGAGGGAUGGGGGAGUUCGGAGACAGGGAUGGGGGAGUUCGGAGACGGGGAUGGGGGAGUUCGAAGACAGGGAUGGGGGAGUUCGGAGACAGGGGGGAGUUCGGAGACAGGGAUGGGGGAGUUCGGAGAUAGGGAUGGGGGAGUUCAGAGACAGGGAUAGGGGAGUUCGGAGACAGGGAUGGGGGAGUUCGGAGACAGGAAUGGGGGAGUUCGGAGACAGGGAUGGGGGAGUUCGGAGACAGAAAUGGGGGAGUUCAGAGACAGGAAUGGGGGAGUUCGGAGACAGGUACUUUGGCACAGAGGAGGGGGAUGAUGGGAGGGUUGAUGAUGGGGAUGGGGAUGGGGAUGGGGAUGGUGAUGUUCUCGGUCACGGGGGUGGCGGUGGUUUCGGCGGCGGAGGCCGCGGCGGAAGGGGUCCCCACGGCCCGCCGAUCGACGCGUCCGUCACCGGAAAUCUCACAGGUCGCGUGGGCGCCUGGGUCUCUAACUGCACGACGGACAUCGGAGCGACUCGCGGCAAGUUCCUGCUCGCCGUCUUUAAGGACGAGUCGUCGGGCACGCCCGUCUACAACCUCUAUUUCGACGCGGAUCUUGACGAGUACAGCGGAACCGCGCCCGACACGAUCAACAUCGUGCAAGGCGCGGCGUGUGACUCCACCGCCACCGCCGCCCUCACUCUGCCGUCCACCGGCUGGACCACACAGACGCGCGGCGGGCGCGGCGGCUCGCACACGGAGCUGCGCGUGACGGGCACCGUGGAAGGCGCCGACGCGACGGUCGUCGAGGCGCUUCUCGCGGGCGUGCCGAACGCGACGGUGACGCAGAACGUGUUCACCAAGGUGAUCAACGGCGCGAAGCAGGGCUUCCAGAACGCCUUCGGCGGACGCCGCCGCGGGCGCGAGCUCGCGGGGAACAGCGCGGGGAAGCUGACGCAGCAGUUCCUGAAGCGCCAGCGCCAGCGCCUCGCGUGGAUGGGCGCGAAGACCAAGGCGCUGUUCGCGACGUUCAUCGGGACCACCGACACCACGACUGAUUCGCCGUACGCUGUCAUUUUUACCGACAGCACGACCGGCAACUCCUGGAGCGCCGCGCUCACUGGGAACUUCGGCAAGU